AAAGAAGAAAAAAAAGACAAGAAAAAUUGACUUCCCUCUUUCCUUACGUGGCUCACAAUGGGUGGCUACAUUAGAGGAUGAUUGGUUCUAGAUUCAGUUACAUAACAGAUCAGUCGACAAUAUACGGAUACACGGGGGGGCCAAGGGGCUGUCUGCUAAGAGGCAGAAGAAUGAUGAUCUGGACCUCGAUUGCCCAUCGACCCUUGAAAUCCUUGCCUCUCAUGAAAACGGUCGUGGAAGCCGAGGCGUAUCAGCAGACGUCACCCACUAAUUCUGCAUCUGCAAGGCGAACAGUGGGCCUAGUGUGUAGAAACAGCCCAAUGUGGGUGAGGAAUGUCACCAUGCAAAGAGUCAGACUGAGAACCUCGAUGUUAUGGGAUUCUGAUCCACAAUGUCUGGUGUAUAGUAAGAGUGAAUUUGUGCCGGCCGGCCACAUGCUGCAGCUCUUGCUCCUGCUGUUUUCUGUUGUUGACACUGUUAUGACUGAUGAGGUAUCAACAGGAGGGGACGGUGAGAUGACCAGUUCACUUUCCAGCUCUGGCUAAUAGUUGGUGGUUGAUGAUGUCCUGGGUCGUCAAGGCUAAUGCUACGGGGCCAUGAGGAAAAAGCCGGGCGUUAAAAUCCGCCACGAUGAGAGACAUAAUCAGCCUAUACCCAUGUCGGUCUGGACCAGCUUGACAGAUGACGACAGGUGGAGGAGGGGUGGCUUUUUGCUGCUGCCCUGGCCUGGUUGAAGACAUCCACGGACACUAACUAGAUAGAUAUUGGAGGUAACGGGGCAGGCACGCAGGGUGAGGUGACACAACCGGAAGGAGGGGCAGAGGUGGUUUGAGCUCGAUUUGAAGGAGAGGGGACGACGAGUUGCAGACGCC